UGUUCCCCCAAAAUUCAAGUAUUUCGUGAUAAUGGGUGGUUGCUUGGUCUUGAUAACCUGGUUGGUGAUCUUCUUGACAUCAGACGGAAAUAUCAUUCAGCAGGGAGUACCUUAUCAAGGAACUAUCAAGCCUUAUGAAACACAACAAAUAAUAUUUGCUUCUGGAGGAGGUCUGAAGCGUGUUUUCUACUUUCAAUGUACUGGCUCAGCAGACCUGUCAAUAGUGGACUCCUCUAAAAAAGAACUGCAAAUGUUCAAAGGUUUUGUAUCCAAGAGUGAUGGCGAUUGCGAAGAAUCAUACGAUUGUAACGGUGACCCUUGUGAGUCAGCAAGUUGUCCCAGUUCCCCUAACGCUGAAUGUAUCAGCAAUUACUGCGAGGGCUGUAUUGCUGAAUUCUGGUUGGAUAACGAGCAAGUCACCUGUCAAGAUCCAGACGCUCUCGCUAUCUACGAGGGGACAGCUGGCAACUCAGUGAUAUCUAAAGGUGCUCCACUCCACAAAGCUGUGCUGAGCUUCUCUGAAAUUAAAUACACUUUUAAUCUGCUGGGUAAACGGAGCAGUAUUGACUCUACCAACACAUUCCAACUGUACGUGUUUGACAACUACGCGGUGGACGCUUCAAUCAUAAUGUUGGGACCUGAGGCUGAGGUAUUCGUUCAAGUACAAGAAUCUAAUGUAACAUUGGAAUGGACUGAACCUGUCUAUGGUUUUGCUGAAGAUAUUCUUCAACACUACUGCCUUUAUUCCUUAGAUAAACCAUACGGAAAACAGUUAGAAGGUGACUGGUUAGCGUGCGGCCAUGAGAUAAAGAGUAGUGUCGCAGAUAAUCCCGACCAGUGUGUUACAACACCUAAAGCUACAUUUCACGGUCUAGCAGGGAACAGAUCGCACUACUUCUGGGUAGUAGCGUUCAGUCAGAACGGCAUCUCUACAGCCUACCCUUUCGUUAGAGUAGACAUGGAGGGAGUACCUGAGAGUAGAACGUAUCACGUGACUUAUUCCAUCUUGUUAGUGAUAUUAUCUGUUUUCUUCGUUGUGGACUUAGUAUUUUGAAUUGUAGUUUUAGCUUUGUUAGCUCUUCGGGAUUGUCGUCAGUUUAUCUGAAGUUAAAGGAGUUUAAGUUGAGAAAUGAAACACGAAAUGAAAGCACGAAAAUGGUAAAUGUCCUAGCGAUUAGGUUUACGAUUGAUUGAUUUUGCGGUUAUUUGUCUUUUGACCUUGCACUUAGUUAAUUAUCUGGUUAAUUAGUUAAUUAAUUCAUUUUAUAGUCCUACAGCAUGCUUGUCGAUGUAUGACUACCGAUGAUAAGUUUAAUCUUAAUCUUAAAGAUUUUUAUUUUUUUGCAGUUAGUUAGUUAUAUAAAUAUUUUAUUUUAGUUAAACUAAACAACUUACAUUUUUAAAAAGUUUUUACCAUUACUGCUCUAAGUUAAUCAUCAAUUAAAGUGUUGAUGUUUUAACGUAACACCAUUAAAACACAAAGUUACAACAAGAAAUAAUACAAUGUUUAUGUGAAAGCUAUGGUAAUAAAUAAGUUAGUCGGAUGUAUAUUAUGUAUUAUGCGGACGAAUGAUUUACACAUAAUUUUCUGGAUAUAUCCUUUGCUUGGGAAAAUAACGAGCAUACUAUCGAGUGUGGUGUCUACAGUGAGUGUUAAAUGUAUUUACAGCCGGUAAAAUUGUUUUUAACUUGCUCAUUUUCACAAUAAUAAGCUCGUAUUACCACAGACUCAAGAUAUCUGGAUUAUUCGUUGUAACCGUCAAUGUUCACUCUUUCUUUGCGUACUAUAUUAUGUCUUAUAUGUUAGUUACUUAUGUCUUGUCCAAUCAUCGAACGUCCUAUGUCCAACGUCUUAUGUCAAUAUCAGUGUUCGAAGUCUCACGUCCAACGUCUUAUGUCAAUGUAUGUGUCCAAAGUCCUAUGUUCAACGUCUUAUGUCAAUAUUGGUGUCCAAAGUCCUAUAUCCAACGUCUUAUGUCAAUAUCGGUGUCCAAAGUCCUAUGUCCAACGUCUUAGGUCAAUAUCAAUGUCCAAAGUCCUAUGUUGAACGUCUUAUGUCAAUAUUAGUGUCCAAAGUCCUAUGUCCAACGUCUUAUGUCAAUAUCAGUGUUCGAAGUCUCAUGUUCAACGUUUUAUGUCAAUAUUGGUGUCCAAAGUCCUAUGUUCAACGUCUUAUGUCAAUAUUGGUGUCCAAAGUCCUAUUUCUAACGUCUUAUGUCAAUAUCAGUGUUCGAAGUCUCAUGUCCAACGUCUUAUGUCAAUGUCUGUGUCCAAAGUCCUAUGUUCAACGUCUUAUGUCAAUAUUGGUGUCAAAAGUCCUAUGUCCAACGUCUUAUGUCAAUAUCGGUGUCCAAAGUCCUAUGUCCAACGUCUUAUGUCAAUAUUGGUGUCCAAAGUCCUAUGUCCAACGUCUUAUGUCAAUAUCGGUGUCGAAAGUCCUAUGUUCAACGUCUUAUGUCAAUAUCAAUGUCCAAAGUCCUAUGUCCAACGUCUUAUGUCAAUAUCAAUGUCCAAAGUCCUAUGUCCAACGUCCUAUGUCAAUAUCAAUGUCCAAAGUCCUAUGUACCUUUUCCAUGUUUUGCGUACUUAUGUUGACUUCCAGCGUUCUGUUUCAAAUGUUCUAUAACUCUGAGAAUCACGAAAACUCGAUUCUAAGAUUUAGUGACCUAAGAAACACGUGACCAUCACGUGACCAACACGGUGUUAAGUUUGAGUUACAACACAAUACAAUCUACUCACAAGACCAUAAUAUAUACACAUAA